AGGAAACUGCAUGUGAGAAAUCAGCAGCACACACACACACACACACACACACACACACCCGGAGCAUUAACCAUGCUCACGAGAAUCUGAAAGAAAGACAGAGAAGUGAAGGAAGAAGGCAGAGGGAAGGGAAAAGGCAGGUUUAAUGAAUUCAGGCGAGAGGGGAGAGAUGGAGCGUCUGCUGAGGAUCCAGUGGCCGCUGCUGCUGCUGCUGCCGCUGCAUGUAGCUGAGCGUUUGCAGUGAGGACGUCUCUGUGGCUCGCUGGGAACCAGACACCAGUCCUGCACAGCCACAACUCCGCGUCUGUGAGACACGGGCUGGAGGACUGCCUGAGCCGGCAGGGCAGAGACCGGGGAUGGUGGACGGUCUGGGCUGGGAUCAGCAGAGCCCACAGGUCAGCCCUGCUGGGAAACGUUUAUCCACUGAGUGAUGAGGAGUAAUUACACACCGAUGAAUCUGUGGACCUGCGCCUGACCGGACUUUAUUGUCCCUGCUGCAGUGAUACAAGGAACCUGAAGCCAACAUAUAUAAUUUUUUUAUACUUUUUGGGUUUUUUUACAUUUUGGUAAUCGAUGCCAACCUAAAAGGAUUGACCUUCAGCUUCAACCCCCAUCUGUAUAUACGACCCCCUGUGAACUGUAAAACGACAGGGACGAUAUCAGAGAACUUCUCAUUUGUCUUUUUACCCAACUCGAUACGAGGAUAACCAUCACCCCUCCACCCCCAACCCAACACAGACGCAGGGACUGGUGGCACUUGAUGUAGAGACCAUAAAGAGCUGCUUUCAGGAAGCAUGGGAGAAAUGAGCUGGGUGUCUCUGAGCCCGGCAGAGUUCAACCAGCUGCAGCAGUACACCGAGUACUCCACAAAGAAGCUGAAGGAUGUUCUGCAGGAGUUCCACGAAGGAGGAGUUCUUUCCAAAUACAAUCCAGCGCAGAUGCAAGAUGUUCUGAACCAACCCAUUGACUAUGAGGGCUUCCAGAUCUUCAUGGACACCUACCUGGAGAACAACAUUCCAGAGGAACUGUGUCAGCAUCUGUUCACCUCCUUCAAGAGCAAGACGGGGCGCUGCUCUCCGGACCAGCUUCAGGCGGGAUCCAGCUUACUGGACGCCCGUUCCAUUGAUGCAGGCAUCUCAAUUCAGACUGAAGUGGCCUGUGCCCCCAUUACAGGGAUGAAUGGGAAGAGCAUCCUGUCUGCGAUGGGCCUACACACUUCGGAGCACUCCACUACGAAGAGCGCAGCGGGCUCUGGAGCCACUACGUCCUCCUCACAGCACUCAGGUACAGCGGUCAACACACCAGGGGGUCCCCAUCAAUCACAAGGAACGCAGGUCCAACCUUCAGCCACCUCCAGCAACGCCCUGAUCCCCAAAGCUAGUUCUUCCAAAACUCCUGGAUCCCCAAACCUCCAGUCAGAGAAGAACAACUCUGAGAACCAAGUUUCCCUGCGGAAGAGCCCGCCGCCUCAGAAAGACUCCCCACAGACGUCCCUUCAGGUGGUCUUUCUUAAGGACAUCGUCUGCUACCUUUCGCUGCUGGAAAGGGGGACGCCAGAGGACAAGCUGGAGUUCAUGUUCCGACUGUACGACACAGACGGCAACGGGCUCCUGGACAACUCAGAGCUGGAUCACAUCAUCAAUCAGAUGGUCCACGUGGCCGAGUAUCUGGAGUGGGAUUCAACAGAGCUACGGCCGAUACUGAAGGAGAUGAUGAAGGAGAUCGAUCUUAACCAGGACGGGACGGUCACACUGGAGGAGUGGAUUAGAGGAGGCCUCACCACCAUCCCUUUACUGGUCCUGCUGGGAAUGGACGCGAACAUGCAGGAGGACGGGCAGCAUGUUUGGCGUCUGAAGCACUUCAACAAACCAGCCUUCUGUAACUACUGCCACGCCGUGCUGCUGGGCGUCCGCAAGCAGGGCCUCUGCUGCUCCUCAUGCAAGUACACGGUGCACGAACGCUGUGUGUCCAAAAACAUCGAUGCCUGCAUCAGCACCUACGCUAAGUCCCGCAGGCACACCAAUGUUAUGCAGCAUGUUUGGAUAGAGGGGAACUCUCCGUUGAAGUGCGAGCGCUGUUACAGGAGCAUCAAGUGCUACCAGAGCCUGACGGGCCUGCACUGUGUCUGGUGUCAGGCCACGUACCAUAACAAGUGUGCGUCCCAUGUGAAGCCUGAGUGUGACGGAGGGAGCCUGAAGGACCACACCCUGCUGCCGUCAUACAUCUGUCCUGCGGUGCUGGAUCGUCAUUCCAUGGCGAAGCACCGGGAGAGCGACUCCACUCCCAACGCCAGCCCUGACGACGCCAGCAAGACAUUUAAGUUCCCUUCUGUAGACAGGCAGGCACUGCAGAUCACCCCUCUCCCAGGAACACACCCCCUCCUGGUCCUGGUCAACCCUAAGAGUGGAGGGAGGCAGGGGGAGCGUGUCCUCAGAAAGUUCAGGUACCUGCUAAACCCCAGACAGGUGUACACACUGGAGCACGGAGGCCCCAUGAACGGGCUCAACUUUUUCCAUGAUGUCCCAGAUUCCCGGGUGCUGGCCUGUGGAGGUGACGGUACGGUGGGCUGGAUCCUCGACUGCAUCGAUAAGGCUAACUUUACCAGACACCCUCCAGUGGCCAUCCUCCCUCUGGGCACAGGAAAUGACCUGGCACGAUGUUUACACUGGGGAGGAGGCUAUGACGGCAGCAGCUUGAUGAAAGUUCUGCGGGACAUCGAACACAGCACCGAGGUGGUACUGGACCGCUGGAACAUCGACAUCAUUCCUGAUGACAAGGAGGAGAAGGGUGACCCCGUCCCUUACAGCAUCAUCAACAACUACUUUUCUAUAGGAGUGGAUGCCUCCAUCGCCCACCGCUUUCAUCUGAUGAGAGAAAAACACCCAGAGAAGUUCAACAGCAGAAUGAAGAACAAGCUGUGGUACUUUGAGUUUGGCACCACUGAGACCAUAUCCGCCACCUGCAAGAAACUCAACGAAUGCAUAGAGUUGGAGUGUGACGGGAUCGUCCUGGACCUCAGCAAUACAUCCUUAGAGGGUAUCGCUAUUCUGAACAUUCCCAGCAUGCACGGUGGCUCCAACCUGUGGGGAGAGACGAAGAAGAGGAGGUCCUACAGCCGAAUGAGCAAGAAGGUUGCAGACAAGAUGCCCAGCAGCACCGUCACAGACCCUAAACAGCUCAAGUUCUGCAUGCAGGACUUCAGUGAUCAGCUCUUGGAGGUGGUGGGCCUGGAGGGGGCAAUAGAAAUGGGGCAGAUCUACACUGGGCUGAAGAGCGCGGGACGCAGACUGGCUCAGUGCACCAGCGUCACCAUCAGGACUUCUCGGCGGCUGCCCAUGCAGAUCGAUGGUGAGCCUUGGAUGCAGCCUCCCUGCACGGUCAUCAUCACGCACAAAAACCAGGUCCCCAUGUUGCUGUGCCCUUCCCAGAAGACCUCCUUCUUCUCCUUCAAGAAACGCAGCUACAGCCGCGACGUGGAGGAUCUGUCCGAACAGAAAAAGGAGGGUGCCCGCAAAAUGUCUGCAGGUCAGAUCAAUGGCCAGGCAACAUAGGCGUCCACUCGAAGGCUGUCUGGAUGACUUUCCCAUGCAUGUCACGACUCAUAUCUGUUUCUGUCCUUUAUAGCAAUCAAUUGCCUUAACAAAUAAACUGACCCACUCUGUGCUAAUGGUGUUUGACAGUCAUGUUGAUCUGAACAAAUGGGGAGCAGGCGCUUUUUUCAGUACCUGCAUGGUUCGUUGUGUGGCAUGCUAGCCCUUGUUUAGCAGAUGAGGCUGUUCACCAGUGUGAUGUAAUCUGCUCUCAUUAAACCGACAAAAGAAUCA